AUGCCAUCCACCGCCGCGAGUGAGCUCGCCCGCAAGGCGCUCAUGAAUGAUGCUCGUCAAGAGGAAGCCAUCACCGUCAAUCAGCGUGCCCUCAUCGACAAGAUCCUCGCCAGAUACGCCGCCGAAUUCACCGUCUUUCGAGAACUUCUUCAAAACGCAGAUGAUGCCGGCGCCACCCAUUGCGAGCUUCGCUUCGAGUCACAGCGUGCCCAUUCGGCAGCAUCGACCAGUGAAGCCGGCUCUCACAUCGCGUCCCCGUCGAACCUCUUGCCCGACUUCAAGGCUACGCUCAGCAACUGGGUCUUUCGCAACGAUGGCAAGCCCUUUGGCAACGACGAUUGGUCCCGUCUUCGCAGAAUUGCUGAGGGCAACCCUGAUCCCGAUCGCAUAGGCGCUUUUGGUGUUGGCUUCUACUCUCUCUUCAGCAUCUGCGAGGAACCUAUCGCCUCUUCUGGCGACGAGCUCAUGGGCUUCUUCUGGAAGGGGGAUGCUCUCUUCACAAAGCGCGCCACCAACCAGGACCGCCAAAACUCUCCCUCCGGAAACCCCUGGACCACCUUCUUUAUGGCCUUGCGUGAACCAUCACCCUUCCCUGAUUCUCCCAUGGCCCUCGCCAAGUUCCUCGCCACCUCGCUCACAUUCACCACCAAGAUCCGCUCCAUAGGCCUCUACUGGGAUGAUCACCUCCUCUGCAAGCUAGACAAGAAGCUCGCACUGCCCAAGUCUAUGCCCAUGCCAGGCCAUCUCAACGCCAACAGUCCUGGUCGCAUCAUGCGUGUCCGUGAUCUCGAGUCCACUGCUGUGCAGAUCGACGUGCAGGCGCUACAACUCGUCAUAGAUGCAGCCGAAAAGGACAGACCCAGUCUCAAGCAGUCUCUUGCGUCCGCUCUAGGUAAAACCGCUGGCGGUGGUCUCACAUCCAUGCUGCAGAGCGCCUUCGGAUUUGGAUCGUCAUCUGCAAAGGAAAAGGAGCGCGAACGCGAGCGCGAAUUGCAGAAGCGCAGAGAAGCCGAAGCUGCUCAAGAGCAAGAGCGACGCAGACUUGACGCCACUGCCGCUGCGCUCACCUCGGUCUCGGCCUCGAUUCAUCUGCGCAUCGCCACCGCCCACGUCAGCGUGUCGGUGGACAAGGCCUUCGAGAGAGAGAUUGAGCGAAGCACCAAGAAACCCCCACCCAAAGUCACCGCUUUUCACCUCAUCUUUACCGGCAAAGAAGAGUACGAUGCCAGCUUCCCGGACGGAACCGAGGACGCCGAUGCCUCUGUCUCCAUCACUUCCUCGGCUGCUGCGCUCGACAAUGGCGUUCGUCAGAUCUUUUCCGGCCUCAUGCCUCGCCUCGAAGAUCAAGGUCAUGCCUUUAUCGGCUUCCGCACCCAUCAGACCACAGGCUUCAGCGGUCAUAUUGCCGCUCGCUUCAUCCCCACCGUCGAACGAGAGUCGCUCGAUUUCGUCGACCGCUACUGCGCUCAGUGGAACUCGGAGCUGCUCUCCAUGGGAGGCUACGUUGCGCGCGCUGUCUACGAGAAUGAGCUGACCGAUAUUGGGCGUUUGUGGACCAACUCCUUUGCCGACAAGCGUCCAGCAAAGGACGACGACCCCCUCGCCAAGGCUCUCAAAGACCGUGCGCUCCACCUCAUGCGCUUCUUCACUUUUCGGGUCUCGUCGCCGUCGUCGCGCGUAUCUUCGCUCUUCCUCACGUCCUUCUUCGGAUCAGCACGCCAGAACACCAUCUCGCUCAUGUCGACGCGUGGCGUCAAGCAUUCAGCCGCCGUUCGUGUCCCCAACGCGCUCCUCUCGGACUUUGUCAAAGAUCUGGCCGUCGUCCCUCCGGAUCACGUCGAAGAGGCUCCCGACUUUGUGCGCGAAGUCCGCUCGCGCAAUCUCGUCCAGGACAUCACCAUGGACGAUGUCUUCCAGGAGUUGUCUUCGCGCGCGUUGACGCCGGUCGAGAUGAUCGCUUGUCUCAAAUGGUGGGUCAGCGUCGCGGCGCACCCUUCCUACGACAUCAGUCUGCGCUCCAAGCUCCUUAACAACGCCAUGCUCACCAUUGCUGAUCCGAAGGAUGCAGCUGUUCCUGAAAAGAUCCAGCCCCUGAGCGUGGUGCGCUUCUAUCUCAACACCUCUCGCCUUCCCACCGACAUGCCUCUCCCCGAUACCUGCUUGUCGUACGAGGUGACCAAAUCGUUCACCACGAACGAGCUGUCUCGCGUCUUUGGCUGGUCCGAGCUGACCGUCCCUGCUUGGCUCAAGAAUCUCGUCCAAAUUAGCAUACAAGCACAACGCUCGGGUUCGAAGACGAUGGCCGAGACCAACUUGCAGACUUCGCCUGCUUUUGCCGAAAAGGUUCUUCUCACCCUAUCCCGUGCGUGGUUCUCGCUGCCCUCAGCCCAGCACGACGAGAUUCAGCAGCUCCUAGCCGCAGUCACUUGCAUCCCCACCCGUCUAGAGAUGCAGAAGCCAACCGAUGCCUACUUCGCCAACGUCUCGCUCUUCACGGACCUGCCCAUCGUCGACCUUCCUACAGCACAGGUCAAGGGCAAUUUAGAGAAGGUGUUGAUCGCUCUUGGUGUGCGUCGCCACGUCGAGUUGCAGAUGGUUUUCAACCGUCUCGUCGCCGGUGGUGGCUGGUCGCACGUCGAUCUCGUUUCCUAUCUCGCUUCCAACAAAGAAACGCUCUCAGAUCUAGAAAAGGAGAGGCUCAAGAAGACGGCCAUCUUCCCAAAGCACGGAGAGGUCGGUCCGCUCAAGGAAGACGGCACGCCGAGGAUCAUUCGACAUCGGGCAAGCGACCUUUACGAGCCCACGGAAGCACUCAAAGCGCUUCAGUUGCCUGUACUUGACUGGGCUGAAAAGCAGUGGAAGCCGUCCUCGGAAGAGGCGCGCUUCGUCUUUGACUUGGGAUUGCGCCGCUAUCCGCCCAUGGAAACAGUGCUAGAGCUCGCUUCGACCUCCGCCGAUGCUGCGCUGCGAUCGAAAGCACUUGCCUUCUUCUUCGACAAAUUCCACGCCCACUACGUCAACCAGUACACCAUCUUCCGUGCCGAAAAGUACGCGUUCGUCCCGGCGAGAUUGCCUGGCGACAACAAGAUGGUACUGCGCAAACCUACCGAGGUGUUCACCAACGCAGAAGCUGCGGUGAUGGGCUUCCCGGUAGCUGGACCCGAGAUCAACUUGGCCGACCUCCCUAAGCUGGGUCUGCGCUCCAACCCGACUGCAACGCAGCUCAUUGGAAGACUUGUUAAUGCUCCGACCAAAGACGAAGCGCAGGCUCGCAAGAUCUUCGAAUACCUAGCUACCGUGCCGGAAUUCAGCCUCAACGAUUUUGCUCAGCUGCGAGGGGCCGAAUUCAUUCCUGUGCGUCGCAACAAGCGCAGCGCGGCAGGAGACGUAUCCAAAGACCUCACCGAGGUCGUCUUGGUCGCGCCGAUGAACUGCUACUUUGGCGGAUCAGCCUCAGAUGUUCAGUUCAGAGACGUCUUCUCCUAUUGCGACUAUGGCUCAGUGGCGGGAGCCUUCCUCAAGAACUGUGGUGUUCGAAGCGAACCCAGCAUCGAAGAGGUGGCUGAACGCUUGGUCGCCGAGCCGCAGCGCUUCUACCAGCUGGCGGGUAGUGCUGAUUCCUAUCUCAGCAUCCUUCGUCAGAUCGCGACGAACUGGAGCCGCAUCCGCAGCCCUCUGCGUAACCAGAUGGCACGCUCCGCUUUCCUGCUUGGAUCGAAGCGCAUCGAUGAAAGCAGUGCCAGACGUGCUGGUCAGAAGACGGAACAUUUGCUCGACAAAGACGACGACGAGCAAGACGAAGAGGCAGACGACACGGGCACGCUGGUGUAUGCGCUCAAGAAGCCCUCGGAUGUUGUCAUUGUCGAUGAUGCCAAUUCGCAUAUGCUUUUCGCCUCUUCGCUCUACUAUGCUCCGCACGAGGAUCUAUUGCAGGAAGGAUUGUACGGCAAGCUGGGCUCGCCGAGAUUGAGCGCGCUCGUCGAGGAACGCUACUCGAUCGAAGGCCGCGUCGUGCGGGAUACGCAACGUGCUCGCGAGAUCAAGGCGCUCGUUCUCGAACGCACGCCUCUGUUCCUGUUCGAGAAGCGACAGUCGUCUCGCUCCGAGAUCAGGAAGGACGCAGAGUGGCUCAAGGCGGCACUCGAGGUGGAGGAGAUCGACGGAGCGGGUCUUCGCCUCGUCCGCACGCUGAACUAUGACCGGGUGCAUGAGCAGAACGUGCAGAAAUGCACAGCUACGGCAUCGAUGCGCGGCUCUAAGCUCAUCCUGCACCUGUCCUCGUCGAUGGAGGUGGACUUUUUUGAAGUUGCCACGUCGCUGAGCAAGUAUCUGCUCACCAAGCAAAGGUUGCAGGAGGUGCUCCUGUACAUGACGCUGCUGUCGACCUCGCUGCGCAAUCUCAAGCGUCGCGGCUUCCACGUCGACAAGAUCCUCUCGCAGCGCAAAGCCGAGCGAGAGGCUACGGAGGCCAGGUUACGCGAAGAGCGGCUCAAGGCGGAAGAACGAGCCGCCGAGGACAAGGCGACAGCCGCCAAACUGGCCGAAUGGAGGAAGCAGGUGUUGAGCGUCUUCCCGGACGCGGAUCCUCACUACGUCGACCAAGCUCUUCGCAGCCACAGCGAUGCACAUGUUGAGCGCACGACCAACGACAUGCUCAGCAGCAACUACCCACGAAGAAGUAAAGAGGCGUCGUCGUCCGCCGUGUCACAGUACACCGACGAUUCCUCCUCCACCUUGGAUUCUGGCGCAAGUGGUCUCAACAGCAACAAUGCUGGCACCGGGUUCUUUUCUGGCUUCCGCAACAAAUUCCUGCAAGCUGGUGCAAAGCAGCGCAGCUCGCUCGCCGACGGGACGAGCUCGAUUGAGCUGCCAGGGUCGGGAUGGCCAGCCGAGGCAUCGAAAUACGGCCAAGGUGCAAUUGCAGCAGCAGGUCGAUCAGAAGAGGACCGAUCAUUGGGCGGGCUCGCUACGUCUUCAACGGGUAUGACGCCAGCAGCGACGGCUCCAACGAGCGAGGUGACGCCGCUGUCUUCGAUCCACAACAAUGUGCUCAAGGCGAUCCGCGCUUCGCGUCCCGACGCAUCGUCGACAAUCAAGAGCGAAGCGCGGCAAACGCAGAUCAAGGAAGCGGCCAACUCGUACUGCGAUCAAGGUGUCGAGACGGAUCUGAAGCUGGCAGGAGAAGUGGCGGGGAUGAAGGUGUUUUUGCAUCCGUCGUUGGAUGCGGCAUCGAUGCUGCAGGCGAACGCGGCAGCGCUGGAGCGCUUGAUCAACCGGAUCUACAAGCCGGUGGGGAGCAUCUUCGGGCUGGACCCUCGUAGCAUGUAUGUGUUUUGCGAUACGGCAGGGCCUGCGAUUGCUUUCAACCGAGCAGGUGCGAUCUAUCUCAAUUUCCGGUUCUAUCUGGCCUGGCACGACGAGCUGGUCAAGCAGGGCAAGUUGGCGGAUCCGCUCGUGUCAACGUACUUUAGCGUUGCACACGAGAUUGCGCACAACGUGGUGGCAGCGCACAACGCAGAGCACGAAUGGUACUUUAGCGCGAUUGCGGAGAAGUACGUCGUUUCGCUGGUCGAGUAUAUCGCCAGAGCGGAAGGGGAUGGUAGAGGUGCGGUGCGGUCGUAG